UAUUCCCGAGUCCUCCGAGGGUGGCUUGGCGCCUGCUUCUCUCUGAGCCCGGCCAGCCUGCAAGGUCUGGGCCCUGGAGGCGCGCUGUUCAGGAUGCUGGGGAUCGUGACCAUCACAGUUGGACAGAGAGAGGCGGAGGAUGUGAGCGAGACAGGCUCGGAGAGAGAGAUGGCCCUGAAACCCCCGGUGGCCGACGACCUCGGGAAGGACGGGCCGGAGGAGCUCCCCGAGAUCAUCGAACCGCUCCCCUCUUCCGAGAGCAACUUGGAAGAGCUGGCCCAGGCCCCCGAGUCCCAGAACAGCGACGUGGGCUUUAAGAAGGUGUUCAAGUUCGUGGGUCUCAAAUUCACCGUGAAGAAGGAGAAGAGCGAGAAGUCGGACACCGUGCAUCUCCUCACUGUCAAGUCAGAGGAAGGCGAAGGGGCCGGCGACCACCAGGAGGCCGGCAGGGAGGCGGAGGAAGCAUCAUCCGCCAAAGAGAGCGAGCUGAAACAAUCCACAGAAUUCCCCGAAGAGGCCCAGAAAGAAGCCGGGCAGCAGAGCACCCCACAGCCGGUGCCCCCCUCCGAGUCAGCCCCGGCUGCAGCGGCGGUGGCCGCGGCGGGGGUGGCCGAGGCCGGCCCAGAAAAGCAAGAUCCAGAGCCCAGCGCACCCCCCGAGCCGGCCAUCAGCCCCCCACCCAGCGACUCGGCCUCGCCCUUUAAGAAGUUCUUCACCCAGGGCUGGGCCGGCUGGAGGAAAAAGACCAGUUUCCGGAAGACCAAGGAGGAGCAGCUAGAGACUUCAGAGAAGAGAAAGGAGCCAGAGAAGGGAGAGGCGGAGGAGAAGGAGAAGGUGCAGGGAGACCUCCCCGAGGAGUCCCCGUGCCCCCCGCAGGGGACCCCCGAAGCCCGAUUGUCUGCCGAGUAUGAGAAGGUGGAGCUGCCCCUGGAGAGUGGCGCCCCGGGCUCCCUGGAGGGAGAGAGGGCGGCCCCGCUGGCCACGGAGGUGUUUGAUGACAAGGUGGAGAUCGUGGCCCAGGUCCACGUGAGCACGUCGGAGACGCCGGCCGAGGCACCCACGGAGCUGGUGGACGCCCAGCCCGAGCCUCUCCCAGCACCGGAGAGGCCAGAGGAAAACCAGGAGGAGUCCCAGGAGGAGGCCGCCAAGGGGCCGGGGACCCCCCAGGAGCCCCCGGCCACGGAGGCGGAGACCGUCGCCAAGCCGGAUGAUGAUGGGAAACCCGCGGCAGCUGCACCCGAGAGCAUCGUGAGUGAGGUGGACGCGGUGGUCGCGCAGGAGGCCAGCCGGGCGCAGGGCAGCCCCCUGAAGAAGCUGUUCACGAGCUCGGGCCUGAAGAAGCUGUCGGGGAAGAAGCAGAAGGGCAAGAGGAGCGGCGGGGACGAGGAGGCCGCUCCUGACUCCCCGGAAGAGCCCAAGGGCGAGAGCUCAGCAUCCUCCCCCGAGGACCCCGAAGUCCCUGCGGGCGACCUGGCGGCGGCGGCAGCAGCAGCAGCAGCAGGAGAAGCCGAGGAAGGAGCCACUUCGGACGGCGAGAAGCGGCGCGAGGGCGUGACACCCUGGGCAUCCUUCAAGAAGAUGGUGACGCCCAAGAAGCGCGUGCGGAGGCCCUCGGAGAGUGACCGGGAGGAGGAGGGGACGGAGAAGGUCAAGAGCGCCACGCUGUCGUCCACCGAGAGCGCCGCGUCCGAACCGCCGCCACCCGAGGAGGAGCCCCGGCGCAAAGUGGACACAUCGGUGUCCUGGGAGGCCCUGAUCUGCGUGGGGUCAUCCAAGAAGAGGGCCAGGAAGGCGUCCUCUUCCGACGACGAGGAACCGCCCAGAGCCCAGGCUGGAGACAGUGCGAGGCCCGAGGAAGUGGCCCGCGAGGACCAGGAGCCCGGGGAUGCUGCAGGGCCGGUCCCCACCGCAGGGCCGCCGGUCCAGGAGCGGGGAGCUGCCCCCGCGGCCACCAGCACCAGCACCAGCACCGGCCCGGGCGGCGCAUCCCCAGAGCCGGCCAGCAGCCCGACCGAGGGCGACGGCGUGUCCACCUGGGAGUCCUUCAAAAGGCUGGUGACCACGCGGAAGAAGUCCAGGACGAAGCUGGAGGAGAAGCACGAGGACGCGGCGGCGGCGGGGCCCGAACGCGCGGCCUCGGAGACGGAGGCGGCCCGGGAGGAGGCCUGGGUGUCCAUCCGGAAGCUCAUCCCGGGCCGCCGGAGGAAGAGGCCGGACGGGAAGGCCGAGGCGGCGGCGGCGGCAGCUGCGGGUUCUGCCGACGCAGCGGACGACGACCCCGACGUGCCCGCCGUGGUCCCCCUCUCCGAGUACGACGCGGUGGAGCGGGAGAAGCUGGAGGCGCAGCGGCGGGAGGCCUCGGCCCCCGGGGGGACCCCCGCGGCCGUGCACGUGCCCCAGGAACUCAGCCAGACGCUGGUGCACACGGUGGUGGUGGACGUGGUGGACGGUGCCCGCGCCGUGGUCUCUGCCGCUGCUGCAGAAGAGCGGUCCCCGUCCUGGAUCUCGGCCGCGGUGUCCGGCCCGCGGGACCCCACGGACGGGGAUGUGCAAGGCCAGGCCCAAGAGCCUCUGGCCAGCGAGAUGCCCGCAGAGGAUGCCCCUCUGCCUUGCGGCGGCGGCGCCCAGGACACCAGCGAGGCCGCAGUGACCAGCGAGGCCGCGGUGACCAGCGAGGCCGCGGUGACCAGCGAGGCUGUGGUGACCAGCGAGGCCGCGGUGACCAGCGAGGCCACAGUGACCAGCGAGGCCGACGGCAUUUCCGAGGCCGUGACGGCGCCCGAGAGCGUGGCCGCCUUCGGGGCGGAGGAGGCCACCGAAGUGUCCGGCGCCGAGGAGACCGCCGAGAUGGUCUCUGCCGUCUCCCAGCUCGGCGACUCUCGAGACACCACCGAGGAGGCCACCCCGGUUCAGGAGCCCGAAGGUGGCCUCCCCGACCCCGAGGAGCUGGAGCGGCGUACCCAGGAGGUCCUGCAGGCGGUGGUGGUCGCGGUGGGCCAGGCUGGGCGCCAGGAGGCUGCGGCGGCGCAAGACCUGACGGAACCCGAGGCCGAGCUGCCCGAGAGUGGACCCCAGCACCCCACCGACGGGGCUACCCCAGAGUCCGCGGAGCUGGCUCGCCCCGACGGUGGUCACACUGAAGGCCCCGAUGGGGCCAGAGCUGAGAAGCCACUGGAACCAGCCCCCGACUCUGCCGAUACCCUCACGGACAGCGAGACCAACAGCAGCACCCCCGUGGCUGAGGUGGACAAUCUGGGGGCUCUUGACAAGCUUGUGACCCCCAAAGACGUGCCUCCGGCUGCUCCCAGCACUCAGCUCCAGGAAGGGGCUCCAGAACUUUCCACAGCAGCCGAGAGUGAGGGCUCCGGAGAAAACGCACCUGGCCAGCAUGUGGAGUCGGCUGCAGAGGACCUUCCCCAAGAAGCCAAACCCCUCAUGCACCAGGAGGAGAAGGAGGAGGAGGAGGAGGAGGAAGCGGACAAGCCCCCCAGGCCCGGGGAGACAGGGCUGGAGCCCCCCGAGAGAGGAACAGCCCUGGAGGGAGGCCAGGAGGAAAAAGAGGCCCAGGAGCUCACGCCCAGCCCGCCACUCCCCUCGGACCAGGAACUCCUCCAUCCGGCAGUGGCAAGCCCCGUGCCUAGCCCGGAGGCAGCGCUGGUGCUGGUGGCCGCGGCCGUGGAGGAGCAGGUCUUACAAGGAGCCAUGAAGAUUCUCGAAUCCCAGGAAGAGGAGGCUGGCCCGGAGGUGCGGGCAGCGUCGGUGCCCGUGCUCGAGUCUCUGGAAGCCCAGGACGUCGUCAGCGGCACCAAGGAUGGGAAUCCAGGCCCGGCGCUGGGGCAGAAGGUACCGGUGAGCGUGGCCGGCCAGCAGGAGGUCAAGGGCCAACAGCUAGUGGACAGUGCCCACCUAGACGCGGCCUCGGGUAUCCAGGCCCAACCUGUCCCCGCCGAUGGCCAAGCGGCCGUGGAGAAAGAAGUGACCCCACAAGCUUCAGCCCCUGAAGAGACCCCUCGGGCCAGCACCCCCAGAGAAGGGUCCCCCGGAGAGCAGGCGCACUCCCCAGACGGCAGCGAAGCGGCAGAGAGAGGCCUGGCCUCCCCGCCUCCCGGAGAGCGUGUCCUCCCGGCCCAGGGAAAGAAAGCCACCGCCGGAACCGUGUCGGGGAUGGAAGGCGAAGGAGAGCAGCAGAGUGGGGGUCUCGAGACCCCCGGAGGCUCCAGCCGGGCGUCCCCCGAUACCAAUGAACUGACGCUGCAGGAGAAGGAAGACGGGCAGGUGGAGGUGCGCCCGGAAGGAAGCGCACCGAGAGAAUGCGGAGACGGGCAGCAGCCGCAAGCGCAGGAGAACCCCCAGAAGCAAGAGCAGGACCCCGCCACAGCAGAGCUCGCGGAUUCCUAAAGCGUCAGGCCACCGUCAGCUACAGGACCAGAAUGUGAACGAGAGGAGCAGCAGGGACCCCCUGCAGACCUGAGACCCGCCCCCCCCAUCCCCCAGAACUCGGGGCUCUGAGAAGGGGUGACGGCCAUCGUGUUUCGCCGAAGCCCCGACAAUCCUGAGGCUUCUUCAGGAGCUCUAUAGCCAUGUACCGCUCCCCCCUGCCAAGACCAACUGUAUUCUC